UCAAAGUGGCAAGUGAGUUCUUAUAACACCCUGAUUUUCCCCCCCCUCCCUCCCUCUCUCUCCGCGUCUAGAAAUACCUUUCCCCCUCCCUCCAAAAAGGGGAAAGAGAAACAAGAGAGAGGAAGUGUGUGUGGUGGUGGUGGGGGGAAACUACUGAGAGGACUGAAGCAAGACACCCUUUAAGAGAAGAGGUGGAAAGGCUGAGUUUAAAGAGAUCUAACCUGCAGCAGCAGCUCAGAUGAGCAGUAGAGGAGUUUUGAUCGGAUCCCAAUUGCUUGCUGGGGAAGCCACCAGCCCAGCUGCUAGAGGCGUUUGAUCUGAUCCCAUAUGUCUGCUGGGGGAAGCAGGAACCGGCAGAGACGUUUGAUCCCAAAUACCUGCUUAUAGGAACCAGUAAAGGAGUUUGACCUGCUGGGGAAAUCGCCACGCUCAGCAGAAAGGAAUCGGCGGAGGAGUUUGACCUGAUGCCUGGUGGGUGCCCUUCUGGAGAAGCCCCCAAGAAGCCCAGCAGCUCCAAGAGGAGUUUGAUCUGAUCCCAGAUGCCUGGUGGAGAAGGCACCGAGCCCCGCAGACUGGGGACUUUGGUGUGAUCCCAGCCCCCUCCCUUUCCCCUGUGCCCCCCUUCCCCUGAGCGGUGAUGACCCUGUCAGGCAGCAGCAGCACCAGCGACAUGUCCGGCCAGACCGUCCUGACGGCCGAGGAUGUGGAUAUCGACGUGGUGGGAGAAGGGGACGACGGGCUGGAGAAGGAGAGCGACGGCGAGGCCGGCAGCCCGGCCGGGCUGCACCUGGAGGAGGCGGAGGAGCUGCUGCUCCCCAAGGAGGCGGGGGCAGGAGCGGAGCGCAGCGGCAGCCCGCCGGAGGCCACCCCUAGCGGGCCGGCGGACGGGGCCAAGGGGGCCGGCGGCGGCGAGGACGGCGGCGGGGCCCUGCCGGGGCAGAGCAAGCCCAAGAACAGCCUGGUGAAGCCGCCCUACUCCUACAUCGCGCUCAUCACCAUGGCCAUCCUGCAGAGCCCGCAGAAGAAGCUGACGCUGAGCGGCAUCUGCGAGUUCAUCAGCAACCGCUUCCCCUACUACCGGGAGAAGUUCCCGGCCUGGCAGAACAGCAUCCGCCACAACCUCUCGCUCAACGACUGCUUCGUCAAGAUCCCCCGCGAGCCGGGCAACCCGGGCAAGGGCAACUACUGGACGCUGGACCCCCAGUCCGAGGACAUGUUCGACAACGGCAGCUUCCUCCGCCGCAGGAAGCGCUUCAAGCGCCACCAGCAGGAGCACCUGCGCGAGCAGACGGCGCUCAUGAUGCAGAGCUUCGGCGCCUACAGCCUGGCCAGCCCCUACGGGCGGCCCUACGGGCUGCACCCCGGCGCCUACCCGCACCCGGCCGCCGCCCUGCAGUACCCCUACAUCCCGCCCGUGGGGCCCAUGCUGCCCCCGGCCGUGCCGCUGCUGCCUUCCAGCGAGCUGAGCCGCAAAGCCUUCAACUCCCAGCUCAGCCCCAGCCUCCAGCUGCAGCUCAACAGCCUGAGCGCCGCCAGCUCCCUCAUCAAGUCGGAGCCCAGCAGCCGGCCCUCGUUCAGCAUCGAGAACAUCAUCGGGGUGUCGGCCACCAGCUCAGGGAGCAGCGCCCAGACUUUCCUCCGGCCCCCGGUCACCGUCCAGUCCGCCCUCAUGGCCCACCAGCCGCUGUCGCUCACCCGGACCACAGCAGCCAUCGCCCCCAUCCUGAGCGUGCCUACAAACAUUAUCUCGGGACAGUUCCUGCAGCCCGCAGCAUCCGCGGCAGCCGUGCAGGCAAAAUGGCCAGCCCAGUAAUUGAGAACUACCCCGGGGCUCAGUGCUGAUUCUUUGCUUUUUUAUUAUUUUAUUAUUAUUAUUAUUAUUUUAUAUCCAUCUAUCUAUAAAUAAGAGACUGCGGGGGGGGGGGACACUCAACCGCUCUUCCUAUCAAUCAGAGACAAAACCCCUGGACUCUAAUAAAAUCAAACUAAAAACCUGCACAAAAAUGGUAGGUUCCAAACUGUGCACGCAAAAAAACCAAAAACAAAACAAAAACAAAAAAAAAAACAAAAAAACCCCAACCCCCCAUAUUAAAAAAAAAAAAAGCCAAACCCACACACAAUCACACAAGGAUUGCUUUCUGUACAGGUAAAAAAAAAGGGGAGGGGGAAUCCAACCAACAUUUGUACAUAUUUGUAUUAAAAAUUAUUGAUUUUACUUUUGGGGUUUUUAUUUUUUUAAAAAGGCAAAUAACAGUAGGGACUAGGAGCUUUGAACUUUCACUUUUUUUGAAGGUUCUUACUCUCCAAACAGUUUUAUUGGAAAGAAUAAAAAAUGUAUUAAAAAGCGGGGGAAAUUUUAAAUAUUAAACAAAGAAAGAAAUGUGGGGGGGGGAGGACAAAAACCCAGUCAUUCUAUUAUAGAAGUCUGUUUAUAUAUGAAUGAAUAUAUG